AUGAAUAGCCUUCUAGUUUAUUGCAUUCUCUCUACCGCUCUAUAUUCAGUCCAUGUACUUGGCCUGGACAUAAACGAAAUCAUUGAUGUGGAAAAGUUGGCCAAAAUAGUGCUGCCCUCGGCUCAAGAGGCUCGAGUCAUUGGCGGCCAAGUGACCACAAACUCCAAGUUGGGUGGCUAUCUGGUGGCAUUGCUAUACGAGCGAGAUUUUGUCUGUGGCGGAACUCUGCUCCACGAGCUCAUAGUACUCACGGCAGCCCAUUGUUUUCUGGACAGAAUGAGGACUAGCGAUUGGAUUGUCGUGGGCGGCAUUUCGAGACUUGACCAAAGAGGUAUACGCCGCCAAGUGAAGAAUUUUAUUAUCUCCGAUAAGUUUGAAGAGGAUAACAUGGAUAUGGAUGUGGCCGUGAUGCUGCUGAAAAGACCUAUGAAGGGCAGAGGUAUCGGUAAACUAGAGUUAUGUUCUACGAUCCUGAAACCUGGCAAUGAUCUGAUAGUUUCCGGUUGGGGAUUGACUGUUGCCACAGGCUCAGGACCCCAGAAAUUGCUCCGCACUGUAACGGUGCCAGUUAUUAACAAGAAGAACUGUCGUUCUGCCUAUCAGCCAUUGGCCAAAAUAACAGACAAUAUGAUAUGCGCUGCUGUCCUGGGAAAAAAAGACGCAUGCACCUUCGACUCUGGUGGUCCUUUGGUAUAUAAAAAACAGGUUUGCGGCAUUGUGUCCUUCGGCAUUGGUUGUGCUAGCAAACGUUAUCCUGGCGUCUACACCGAUGUCUUUAACGUGAAAGAAUUUAUCGAGAACAGCACCAAGGUUUUGCUCUCAAAGUGUUGAAUAACAAAUUAAUUAAUAAAUCGAAGUAAUCAUAAAA